CCAGCGCUUAGAACAGUGCUCUGCACAUAGUAAGCGCUUAACAAAUAUCAACAUUAUUAUCAUUAUUCCCUCCUACCAACGUGGGGGUAUUCUCGCCACAAGUCUGUGGCCUGCUCCAACUUCCGCCCAAAUGCCUCACCUCCCGCCGACGGAAGAUACCGAAACCAGAGCCCGGGCCCCGUGGGGCCGGGGCCGGGGGUGGGGGCGGUGCGCGACCGGGGCCCCCCUGGGUUUCGAGCCCGGUCUCGGCUCGGCCGAGGUCGGGGUGGGUGCUCUGCCCGCAGUGGGCGCCCGAUAGACACCCCUGACUGAAGAAGAGUUUCUGUCCGGGCACCCUACCGGGCCCUUAAAAAGAAGUCUCGAAACCCCAAGGCCCACCCAACAACUUUCCGACAGAAUACUGCGUUUGAGUCACGGGAUCUGGGCCAACUGGGUUCUGGAGCGCAGGCGGAUUCGCUCAACCCGUAGGGAAGCAGGGUCUCUCCGCAUCAGGGUUGGCUUUGCCGGAGCGAGCCUUUCUCUCCACAAGGAGCCGGCCGCAGCGGGAGCCCCGAUGCCUCGGGAGCUCGGGCCGGGGCGCUAGGAAAGUUGAGAAGUCGGGGAGCCGGACGGGGAACGUCCCGCCCCGUCCCAUCCCACCCCGCCUCCCUGAGCCGGGGAGUCGCUCCACUCAGGAACGAGUUGGCAAUUAAAAAGGACAACACCCAUAAAGCAGCCAGUGACUUGGAGGCAGCUGACCUCCCCGCCAAGCUGGACCGGGGUGGAAUGGGCGGCACCUGGGGCAGAGGAGCCGGGAAACGACGGGGAGAACCUGCCCAGGCUCCGUCCCGGCGCCGCUGACCGAGAGGCCCCUCCGUCUCCCGCGGUCCCGCUCGACAGAAGGAGGGAGAUGGCGUCCUGCUACCCCCUGCAGGUGGCCGGGCUGGUCCUCGGAAGCCUGGGCACGGCGGGCACGCUGCUGACGACCCUCCUGCCCCAGUGGCGGGUGUCGGCCUUCAUCGGCAGCAACAUCGUGGUGUUCGAGCGGAUCUGGGAAGGCCUCUGGAUGUCCUGCGUGCGCCAGGCCGGGACCCGGCUGCAGUGCAAGUUUUACCCGUCGCUGCUGGCCCUGCCCCCGUUCCUGGAGGCUGCCCGCGCUCUCAUGUGCGUGGCCGUGGUCCUGGCCCUGCUGGCCCUCCUCGUCGGCGUCUCCGGCGCCAAGCGCGUCCGGUGCACUGGCUCGGACGAGCGGGUCAAGGGGUACCUUCUGGGGGCCUCCGGGGUCGUGUUCGUCCUGAGCGCCGUCGCGGCCCUCAUCCCCGUGUGCUGGACGGCCAACAUCAUCAUCCGGGACUUCUACGACCCCGCCGUCCACCCCGGGCAGAAGCGGGAGCUGGGGGCCGCGCUCUUCCUCGGCUGGGCCUGCGCGGGGCUGCUCGCCAUCGGCGGCGCCCUGCUGGGGUGCGUCUGCUGCCGCCGCCUCCGGGAAGACCGCCGGCGAGCCAAGAGCCCCAGGUACCCGCCCCCGAGGGUCGGGAGCCGGGCCGGGGGCCCGGGAGGGGGCCGGGCCGUGGGCCGGGGCCGGGACUGGGGCCCGGAGGUCAAGCCGCCGAUCAAGACCUCCGCCAGCUACGUCUAGCCACGGCGUCCUCGGCCUGCCCGGGCCUCCCCGGAAACGGCGGCAAAACAGGCCGGGACCGACCGGUGGAGGCCAGCCGUCCCGAGAGGGAUCACGCGGUUCUCUGCCGGGACUUGGGGGGGGCAAACGGACUCUAGG